AGUAGUACACUUCAGAUUGCCACAGAUCCAUUUAUACCACUGUAUAUUUAUAUAACAGUUUCUGUAGCGAAUGUUAUUUUAUUUGUUACGGGAUGUUUUGGCAACAGUUUGGUCUUACUUGUGGUGGCGCGCAAACAGGAUAUGAGGACUCCAACAAAUUAUUUUAUCUCAAGUCUUGCCGUAGCCGACUUGUUGGUUCUCCUGAUUUGCCAGCCCGCUGCCCUCAUGGAGUUCUUUGCAAAGGACAGAUGGUUAAUUGGAAAAACGUUAUGUAAACUUGUUCCGUUGAUGGAGAAUGGUGUACUGCAUGUUUCUAUUCUCACGAUGCUUGCUGUGACAUUUGAACGUUAUAAUGCGUUAUGUCACCCAUUCAAACAUCGGAUGGCAUCAACAAUCUCGGCUACCGUGAAGACAAUUAUCGGAAUUUGGAUAAUCGGAACUAUUCUAACACUACCAUUUUUGAUAAUGACAGAACAUGAGGACGCCAUGUUUUAUGAUGGUUCCCCAAUCAAAGUUUGCCGGACAAAAGUAAACGAAAUGUGGCGCUACUGUUAUACAAUUUUCUUAUUCAUUGCGUUUUUCGUUUUACCUUUCUUCAUUUUGAUUGGAUUUUAUGCCCGUAUUAUAAAACAAUUAAUGUCAGAUAAGUUGAAAUCCCUAGCUCAGAAUGAUCGACCAGCCGUAAAUGCCUUGCGAUCCAGACGCCAAGUUGUUCAAAUGCUUAUAUUCAUUAUUGUUUUAUUUUUCGUCACACUUUUUCCUAUAAGAGUGUUUUCGCUCUGGCUUAUUUUCACGCCUACAGAGGACGCCAUAAAGAUAGGUCUAGAAGCUUAUCUGAACCUUAUAUCUUGGGCAAGAAUUCUGAUGUACAUCAACAGUGCCGGAAACCCAAUCAUUUACAGUUUGACGUCCACAAAGUUUAAGACUGCGUUUAAGAGGGUACUUAGACGCAACAGACGGUAUCCACAGUGUGGCGUCGCGUCAACUAGAUAUAGUUUCAAACGGACGACUCCGGAUGGAACCGACGAAAGACGAGUACCAGUCCAAAUCAGAGAUGAACGAAUUAAUUUGUCUAAAAAUGAAAUUCCUUGGCUCGUAGUACGACUUGUGCUUGUGCCGGAGAAAUCAAAACGUCGUCACAGAAAUGGGCAAAGCAGUAGUGAUUUUACACCUUUACAAAUAAUGAGUGCAAAAAUCGAGAUAAAUGAGAGAGAUAUCAGUCAUCAGUAAAAGUCCUACAUACAGUGUCGCCACCUAUAUAAAACAGAGGAAGUACGUGUUAAUACGAAUUCAAACACAUAAGUUGUUAUGACGAGUUUAAAAAAAUACUUCUCAGAAUUGUGAUUGGAGAUUGAAUUCUGUUAUACCUUAAAUUUGAAAUCAAACAAACAUUUUCUUUGGAUGAAAUAGCAAAAGAUCGUAUACUCGGUUGCAUUAUGGGCCAGUGCUAUUGCGAUGAUUAACCCGGUUUGUACUUUCAUCGAUAUGCUUAAUGAUUUUGAGUGUACCCAAUUGCCUAGACAAAAAAACAACAACAAGAAGCGAACAAACAAAAAACAACGAAAACAACAACAUGUUAGACCAUGACGAUUGCGUCAAAAAGCUAGUCGUCCUAGGGCUUUUUGACCAUGACGACCGCGUCAAAUCACUAUUUGCCUUGACCAUGACUAUUGCGUCAAAUAAAUAGUUUUCAUGGGGACUCCUAACCGUGAUGAUUGCAUUAAGCUAAAUAACUAGUCGUCUUGAUCAUGACGAUCGCGUCAAUUAACUAAUCUUUUUGACCAUGACAAUAGCUUCAAAUAACUGGUCGUACUUGGAACUCCUGAUCAUGACGAUCGCGACAAAAAAUAUUCGUCGUAGUGAUCAUGAUUAAAAUAAAAAUCUAGGCGAUCGACCAUAACGAUCGAAUCAAUUAAUAGUAAUCCUGACCAUUGCGAUUGCAUCAAAUAAGUUAUUGGCCUCGAUGGCAUCGAUUUGAAUUAACAAUCGCAAACGCAUCAAAUACAUUGACUAUGGCGAUUGAAUGACAUUAAUAAUCGACCUGACCAUUACGAAUACAUCAAUCUACUGGACUGUAAGGAUUGUAUCAUUUAAUUAGUCGUCCUGACAAUCACGAUUUGCUCGUAACUAUCUUUUAGUAAAACAAUUGAUACAGAAAGAUUGUUAUAUGUUCUUUUUAAAAAUAAUGGUCAUAUUUAAGGACAGUAUUAAUGACAGAAAUAUUAUAUUGGUGCGUAAAACAUUCCAGGUACAUCAUCAACAUAAUCAUAAUAAUACAGUGUAAUACGGAAACGUAUAUUGAUAUCCUUGCUAGAUACUGAUGUUGAUGCGUUGAGGAAAACAUAACAACAAAUCAUUACACACUGAAAAUAUUUUGAAGUUCAUAAGGAUACGACACGUGAAUAUUAUUGAUGUUUAUAGCAUUUCUUUUUUUAAAGAUUCAGUAGCACCAUCAUUUUAAAUGUUGUUUUUAUUAAACAUUUUAGUGGAAGGUUAAAGAAGAUUUAUGACUCAACGUAAAUUAAUGCCUUUUGAAACUAAAAACCGAUGCCAGUCAGAACUCUGCCUUUAAAUAAUCUUUUCGCAUAAAAAAUCACAAGAGGCCCAUCUGUGUCUAUAUUGCUUAUAUGACUAAAUGAAAGGAAUAUUCUGAGCAUCCUUUUUAAUACGCAAUCAAAGAGAACAUGGACCAACCUGGUUUAUGAAACUUACGUUGUAUAUAUAUGAGGAAGACUUGGC